UUUUGCGUACAUCAUCAGUAGCAGCAAUAGCAAGGCAAAAUUAAGCAAGUCCACCGAUAGACAUAGAACUUUCGCGACAUAACGAAAGAAGACGACACGACGAAGGUCCUCAACGUAGCGAAUGAACCAGCACGAGGCACGUUAAGUUGCAUCUUGCUACGAGGUCAGGGGAGGGCUCACGUACCUUUGUAGUGAACGCGAAGAUUAUUUUGUGAUAGUCCUAUGUAGUUGUACUUGUCCUUCGGGCUCCAGGAUCGAGGCAAUGGCGUCUCUUCCUCGUUGACCAUCGGAUAUAGCAUUUUCAGACGAUCCACGACUUGAGUCUGUCCACAAUUUGUCCUCGAAGGCUCCAUAACAAUCCGUUCCUCGCUGGUGGCCGCCAUCAUUGCAGUCUGCAAUCCCACUCUGCUGCCAGAUAGAAAUGUGACUGCGCACACGGAUCGCGCAACUCGCUCUUGUCCGACGAGCACGUUAUACGCGAUACCUAGAAUGGAAAGCGAAUCAUUGAAAAAUCAUUCGAGAACGAUUAUCGAUUCUCAUUUGUCGAUUAUUUCGAGCUCUCUAUUUGUAAUACACGUAUUUCUACUUCCCUCUUCUCCUUACAAACUUUCAAACUUUCUUCUUUCUCCAUAUAUGUAUGUCUCUUUUGACCAAUCGCACGGCAGCAUUUUCAUUAAGCGCCAUUUUGAAAAUAAAUUUGUAGUAGAUAUCAAAUGAACUAAUGAAAUUUCAUAUUAUAUUGAUAUAAUAAACAGAUUACGAAUUUGUUCAUUAUCAUUCAUAUAUAUGAAUCUAAUAUUAUAUAUAAGUGACAUAUAGUAUAUAUGUACGAUCUGUGUGAGUAUUGAUAAAGACGUAUCAUCAAGGUUACCAAACUUUAGUUACUGUAAUUUUACGUAUAUCUACAUAUUUAAUUUUAUCUAGUUUCGAUAUUACAUAAGAGAACUUUGAAAAAUAUCUUGAUAUACAAUGACUUAAAUAUGAAAAAGAAUACAUUACCUAUAAAUUAAUUAAAUAUAUUUGAAAUAUCACCUCUUCCCAAGAAACGAGUAAACAGCGCACAGCGCCAACUAGUGUUUUUCUAUGUUAUCAAUAAAAAAGAACUGACGUGAAACACUGCCGGUUAUAGAUACAGUUUCUUUAAUUUUACGAUUAUACUAUUGAUAAUUAAUCUUAUUUUUGAAAGACUACUAUGUUUAAUCGUAAAUUAAAAGCUUUAGGAUAUUUGGAAUGGGAUAAAGUCAAUGGAAACAAUACCGAACAUUUUCGUAAGGUUGUCAUAUGGUUGGAAGAUCAAAAAAUUAGACUUUAUACAAUUGAAAAACGCAAUGAUUUACGAAAUAUUAAAUCUGAUAAAUGGCCAGAAGUCUUCCAAAAAUAUUGUAAGGAUAUAGAUUGUCCAGUAACAACUAAUCCUCUUGAUCAGCUGGAAUGGCUCAUAGGACGUGCUGUCAAUUUAGAAUACGCAGAUGAUUGUAAAAAAUACCAAGAAAUUACUGGAAAUAAGAAAAAUAAACAAGAAUCUAUAAUACCGAGUCUAAAAUCAUCAAAUCCAUUAGAUAAUUUAGAUUUUUACAGCAAUGAAUUUAAAAAUGGUGUCAAUGCUAUAGCCAAACUCUUAAAUAUUCCAAAACAUUCUAGUCAUCUUACUACGCUUGAAGCUUGUAGCAAACUUGUAUGUAAUCGAUUAAAUGCAGCAGCAAUUGCAAAUCCUAAUACUAUUAUUGUAAAAGGCAAGCCAUUUCCAAUAAUGGAUACUAAAUCUGGUAUCAGUUUAGGCGAUGUGGUUCUAGAUAAUGCUGCAAAAGGUUUAACAUUGUUAUACAUUCAUGAUUUGAGGAAUCUGCAAACAAAGAUUAAUGAACUGAUUGUUUCUGUACAAAAUGUUACAGCUAAUCCUAAAACUGAUACUAAAUUAGGAAAAGUUGGAAAAUAAGGUGCAUUAUAUGUAAAUUUUCUUAUAUAAUGUACACAAUAUCGAUCUAUUUAUAUCUAAUAGACUGUAAUAUCUAAUAUACGCUUUAUUAAUGUGAUUAAUAACACGUCAUGAAAUCAAUUCGUUAUAAAUAUUAAUGAGUAUAUGAGUUGUAUACAUUAUAGGCUUUUCUAGAAUGAUAUAUUCUGAAAAAUAUUAUGUAGUGUAUAUCUUGUUUAGUACGACGUGAAUAUACAAUUGAGUAGUAAUUAUUUAA